AUGAGUCUCCUCAACCUACCCCCUGAGAUCUUGCUCAUGAUUGCGGAUCACUGUGAGUCCCAACAUGAUAUCAACUCUUUUGUGAAGGUCAAUCGACACCUGUGGGGCGUCAUGAACCUCCACCUUCAUCGAUACAACAUCGUUCGCCAUGAAGGCAAAGGCCUCAACUGCGCCGCAGUGAAAGACCUACCAAACUCGGCUCGAAAUUUCAUCCAGGCUGGUAUCCGGGACAAGGUCUCACACUGGGAUCGCAUGCCUCUCAUUCUUGCAUCCCAGCUCGGAAAUGUGCCCGUCCUAAGCACCCUCCUCAAGGCAGUGAUCAGCCUCCUCCUUGGCCACGGCGCGGAUGCUGAAGCCACCAUCAACGAAUCAAUGCGACCCCUUGACUGUGCGUUCCAGAGCCAGCAUAUCGAUGCUUUUCAGCUUUUGAUUACCCAAGGUGCCAAGGUACAGACUUCAGAUAUUCCUAGAUUGAUCUCCAAGUGGGAAUUCUUAGCUGCUGUUAUGGCAACGGACACAGAAUCAACGAUCAACGUCAAUUACCGAAAGAACGGCAAACCCAUCCUUCACAUUGCCGCCAGUGGGGGUUACCGAGACUCUGCUAAGAUUCUCAUCGGGAGAGGGGCAAAUAUCGAGGCCGAAGACCACAAGGGCAUGACUGCUCUACAAGUCAGUGUUUCUCGCGGCCAAAAAAAUAUGGUUGACCUGUUCCUGGAGCUUGGCGCAGACUUCACGAAGACAGACCACAAAGGAAAUACGCCAUUGCAUUAUGCUGCUAAUAAUCAUCGCAUUUGCUGGCAAUCCAGAGAAGCCAUCGCCACAGCUCUCCUCGAGAAAGGCGCUGAUAUCGAAGCUCGCAACAAGUAUCUCGAGACACCGCUUUGGCACGCCGUGAGGAAGCGAUCUGAGCCCAUUACCAAGCUACUGAUUGAGAAGGGAGCCGAUAUAGAGCCUCGAAACAGGCGCGGAGAAACGCCGUUCAUUUGCGCAGUGAGAAAAAAGUCGCACAGUGUUGCUCAACUGUUGAUUGAGAAGGGUUGCGAUACCCAGGUGGCAAACAACAAGGGACGGACUGCUUUGGAUAUUGCCAAGAGCCAAGUCAACAGGCCAAUGUUCCGCCUCGUGUCCGCGAACGUGAAUGCACGGUCCUCAAAAAGAAAGUAG